UAUCUGUCAGUGCUGUGAGAGCAGUAAGAGCAGUAACAGUGAGUCUCUCUCUCUCUGAGGAUUCCUGUCGCUCCAUCCUCUCAUACCUGUCCAACAGGUGUAUCCGGCUGACGCGCUGUGACGCGCUCUGAGGCAGAGGAGGAAGAGGAAGAGGAGGAAGAGGAGGAGGAAGGCUCCAGCUAGGGGGUCAUUCAUGGUGAUCUAUGGGUGAGUGUCUGCGCAACAAGUGCCCGUGUCUGGUCGCACUAUGGCAGAGAAUUACAGGUGAGAAGAAGCCUCCUGCAGCAGAAGGAGGAGGAGGAGGAGGAGGAGGAGGAGGUGAGGAAGAGGAGACACCACCGAGCCCGGGGCUCCAGGACCGAGCCCCGGAGAGCGGGUCCUUCUACACGGCUCUGUGGCCGUUCGAGUCCCGCCACGCCGACGAGCUGUCGUUCCUGGAGGGAGAUCUGUUCAGCGUCAUCAGCCGAACCGGAGACUGGUGGACCGCGAGGAAGAUCGAUAAGAACGGGUGCGUGCUGAACACCGGGAUCGUUCCCAAGAACUACCUGGACCGGGCCGAGUCUCUGAGGAUGCAACCAUGGUUCUUUGGGACAAUGAACCGCUUUGAGGCCCAAAGCCACCUGCUGGGACAAGGAAAUGACAACGGAUCCUUCCUCAUCCGAUGUAGCGAGAAAGACGACAUUGGAUACGUUCUUUCAGUGAGGUCCAGCAGUCGGGUGAAGCACUUCAAGGUCCUCAAGACGGAGGAGAGUAAUUAUCACGUGGAGUACAACCACCACUUCGACUCUCUGAUCGACUUGGUGGAGCACUACUGCGUCAACAGCCUGAACAACACCGGCAACCUGGGAAACCCCUGCAAGAGGAAAAAGCCCAACACUCCAGAUCUGAGUCAUUUUACGGUGGAUGAGUGGGAGCUCCCCAAAGAGGAGUUCACCCUGGAGGAGGAGCUGGGCAGCGGCUACUUCGCCAGCGUCUACCGGGGACGCUGGAAAAACUACAUCAACGUCGCCAUCAAGAUCAUCAAAAGUGACUCGGAGUUGAACCACCGUGAAUUUCACAGGGAAGUUCAGAUCCUGAAGAGUCUCCGCCAUCGCCACCUCAUCUCUCUGUUUGCCAUCUGCACAGCCUCGGCCCCGUACUACAUCAUCACCGAGCUGAUGGAGAAAGGCUCUCUGCUCAGCUUCCUCAGAGGUCCGGAGGGUCAGAAUCAAGACGUCGCGUCACUCGUUGAUAUGGGUGCCCAGGUGGCUGAUGGGAUGUCGUACCUGGAGGAGCAGAACAGCAUCCACAGAGAUUUGGCGGCUCGAAACGUGCUGGUGGGAGAGGACUACAUCUGUAAGGUGGCCGACUUUGGACUGGCCCGAGUGAUCAAGGAGCCGUUCUACAUCACAGAAGAUAAAAAGAUUCCCUACAAGUGGAGCGCCCCGGAGGCCAUCAGCCACGGGAAGUUCUCCAACAAGACAGACGUCUGGUCUUUUGGUGUCUUGCUCUAUGAGAUCAUCACCUGUGGCAGCACUCCUUACCCAGCCUUCAGCAACCAGGAAGCGUACCAGCAGGUUACCAGCGGUUACAGGAUGCCGUGUCCGGCCAAGUGUCCCGACUUCCUCUACAAAGUCAUGCUGAAGUGUUGGAGCACGGAUCCCGCCGACAGGCCCGACUUCAAGUUCCUCAAGAACAAACUGGACAGCAGCUCCUACGAGAUGGAGUGACCGCCACGCCUGACUUCCUGCAGUUCAGCCUGAGCACCACAGCGGGGCGGCAGAGAGUCCGACUCGGAGCAGGAGCUCUUAUUUAUAGAAACAUUUUACAGGCUCGUGCAUAGAAAGACUUUGAUUGUGUGUUUGCAAUGUGCAAACCUGCAAAACUGCAAACCUGCAAAGCCUGGUGUAUUUUAUUCCGUCCACUAGGCCUGCAACUAUUAAGAUUACUUUCAUUAUUGAUUCAUCUGAUGAGUUUUUUUAGAGCUGAAAACAUUCCAAAAAUGAAUGGACAACUUUUUUUUUUAUAAUUAAUUAACAAUUUCCGUCUUAUUUUAAGCAAAACUGUAAAUAACUCUGGUUCCAGCUUGUACAAUGUGAGAGUUUGGUGGUUUAUUUGGAUCUUCUGUGAUAAUAAAAUGAAAUAUUUUUGGGUUUUAGUCCGUUGCUAAGA